AUGGUGAACAAACAAUACAACGUGCACAAUCCAAAGCUGCACAAAUCGAAGACGGGUGGGCGAGCUAACGGCGGAAACAGUUCUCCUUCACCGCUGCGUAACUGCUACCCAGUCGUUUCCACGCGCCCAGCCGGAGCCACCGACGAGGACGGCUUUUCCGUGGAAAGCGACAGCAACAAUAUGUCCGACCACCAGUCGGACGGGGUUGGUGGACCGGUAGGGGUUGGGGUGGCACACCCACGGCAGUUGCCUCCACCACCGCCACCCCCGACCCACCGACACCGGGGCACGCAAAGCACGCAGCCACAACAUCAUCAUCAGCAGCAGCAACCACAGAACAACUUGAAUGUGAGCCGCCGUGUCGGGUCGGUGGAGGAAAUUGACGGUGGUGACGGUCUUUACGGACGCAACAUCCAGUUCUACAGUGAGGCGGAUGUGGUGGGCGAGAAUGGCCACGCUGGUAGAUUCGGAAACACCGGCAAGGAGUUGACCAUCAGUGACAUCGGCCGGUUUCAGUAUAUCCUGCAGAUGGACCGAGAAGUGGGUACACCUUACAGUGGCUACACAGCGGCCUCCACCGACACAGCCAACACCCUACCUUCGUCUCCUUCACCCACCUCCAUCGGCAGCAUCCACCACCGGCAGAGCUUCAACUUCUGGAAAGCCGGCUCCCAAACGCCCCUGUCCGCCACGUCUUCCAGCAGUUCCUUUUUCCGGCCGACCCAGCGAUGCCUGCUGUACAAGGUGCUCAAAGUGAUCUGGCGCUACAUAAAAUGGCCGCUCGGGUUGCUCCUCAUCUGCGGUCUGCUGGGUUUGGUUGUCUACUUCCUGGUCGUCGAUCGUGAUAUUAUGAGCAGCGGACUGCUGGGUGAAGAUGGCUACGAGGUGGAUGAGAAUUUGUCGAUCGACUUUAACGACUUCACCAGUACGAACGAUCUACAUUUUGAUCACCGAUUCGUGGGAAGCACCUCAAAAGAACCGAAGUCUAAGGGCGCACCCGGAUCAGGUCGAACCGUCGACACCAAGUUCUCAUUCGGGCUUGACAAUGAUCUGCUGGCGGUGUUUGGAUCUCCAGCGAAAAAGACACCUCCGGUAGACUGGCCGACGACCGCAUCAACGACUACGGCGGUUGGAACGGAACGCCAAAGGCCAGAGAGCACAAGCGAGGAGUUGCCAGCCAGAGUUGUUAAGGUGACGGAUGCACCGAUCCGCAAGACGAGCACGAUUUCGCUCAAGGACUACACGAAGGCACGUGUCGUAUUCGACGAUGACGACUUCCUGGAUGCGGAUGAUGGCGAAAGUCGCUUGAGGACAUCACCCAACGUCCCGGAGGGCACAACCAAAGCCUACAUGCCCGGACUUUCGGGUGGUAGCAGCAGCAGCAGCAGCAGCAGUGGCAUAACAUCUUCUGAUCCAGCAUCGUCAGCCAUUCAGGUGGGACUCCUGGGUGGCCCGGGACGAGGGACGGAAGUGCGGGGGUUCACAUCCGGCCAUCAGAACAAUUUUGGCGUCCCGAUCGAGGAGGACGAGCGCUUGUUGCACAAGCUGAACGACCAGCUGAUGCAGCUGGAGCGGCAGAGAGAAAAAAAUGUAACGAUUCCAUCGGCUACCACGGAUUCAAGCCUCUACCGGACGAAAGUGUCACCAACGCUUCCGAUUUUAUCACGCUUUGAGAUCACGACCGAAGGCUUGAGACGCUUCAACAUAUCUGAAGAAGGUGUUUGCCAGUCCACCUCAUUGCCGCUCUGUCGAGGAGUCCUUCCGUACGAUCUAACUAUUCCAUCAAACCGGAAAUUAUCACCCCUCGAGUACGAACACUUCCAGUAUCUGAUCAACUCAAAAUGCUCAGUACGAGUGGCCGAGUUCGUUUGUCUCGUGCUCGAACCGGAGUGUCGUCCAACGCGCAUGGGAACCUUGACACCAUGCAAAAGGAUUUGCAAGUCAAUUUUGGAACCAUGUGCUCACAUUAUCGCUAGCUCGGAAGCCCUAACGGCAACGUUUGACUGCGAUAGUUACCCGGAUUCGGACGAUCGACUCGUGUGUGAGGACCCCACGCGGUUGGGCCAGUGUUAUGCCAACGAAUUCCGAUGUGCAGACUCGAGCUGUAUCCCUCUCCAGUGGAAAUGCGACAACAUCAAGGACUGUCAUGGCGGUGAGGACGAGUCGGAGUGUAAGCAGUGCGAGCGCGAUGAAUACCGGUGUAUGUCGAACGAUCGGUGCAUUCCGGACAAGUGGCGCUGUGAUCAGUACGAGGACUGCCCAGAUGCGUCUGAUGAGCUAGACUGCUACUACGACGAGCCGACAACGUAUCCUUCGGCCUACGGCAGCCAACGGGAGUAUCCAUUCGUGCAAGUACAGGUUCCCAACAGUCCGAACGGUCGUCCUUACAUCACCAUCACGAACGAGGAUCGCUCUCAAUCAGAGUCUGACCAGACGCGUCGUGGAUCCCAGGAAGGACCCCGUUCGGGGCCGCGGGAAUACGCCAAUUACGAAACCUCGGAGGAAAUCGACGGGACGGAUAAGUACGAACCGACGGCAGCUGAAAAUGCUCCGUUCGUAAACCGACACCGCAAUCGUACGGCACAUGAAAAUGGAGUAGCUAGUGGAAAGCCGACUACUACUGGACGAACGAAUGACCACAUGGUCGAGGAUCAAACUGAGGCCGAAACGAGCCGAACAAUAUCGGUCCCAAAAUCACUGGUUAACUUUCAGGACAGCAAGGAAAUCAUGAUGACGUCUGACUCGGAGAACGAUUUCAAGAUCAGCAGUACAAGUAGAGAUUUUUUGACGACUGCCCACGUGUCACCUUGUCCUGAGGGUGAGCUGCGCUGUGUGAGCGGUAUCUGCAUAUCUGUUAGCCAGCUAUGUGAUAGGGUCGCUGACUGUGCCGAUGGAGCCGAUGAAGCAGGAUGCACUUACAAGGAAUAAAGGCCCC